GACGCGGUGUAGUGAAGCCAGGUUUGUGGGCUUGUAAAGAGUCAGUCCUGAAUGACAGCUAUGUAGAAAUGAAUGGUUUUCAUGAAGACGGAGACGUCUAAUCUGUCUUCAACCGCAUACCUGUCCGAGGAAGCCAAAAACUAUGUCAGCAAUCAAGAUUGCCCUGCAGCAAAGCCAGAAGAGGGGCAGGAGGAAAACCUCUGAAGCAAUGUCUGCAGAGGUGUCGCCGGACUCCAAGUGUCCCAUCUGUUUGGACAUAUUUAACAACAUUUCCUACCUGGACCUCUGCCUUCACAAGUUCUGUUUCCGCUGUAUUCAUGAGUGGUCCAAGAACAAAGCCGAGUGCCCUCUAUGCAAACAGCCAUUUCAUUCAAUCUAUCACAGUAUAAAAUCAGAGCAAGACUUUAAGAAGUAUGACCUUCGGCCAGUGGAAAGUACCUCUUUUGGGACCUUUCAGGGAGUGCGGUUUAGAUAUCGCACGACUCUUACUGGAGUCCACCGACAGAUGAGAGGAAGGACGUCUCCACCUCCAGACAAUGGAGUAAUGUUUGAGGCCUCAGCAAACCCUCCACAACAGACACAGGACCGCUACAUCCGGCGGAUGAUGAUGAGGUUGGCAGCCAAGAGGAGAGCUGCGAGUGAAGGCAGGGCAGUAAACAAUGUCAGAGAGCAGGAAAUGGUAAACUUCAGGAGGGAACUGUACCGACGGGGCGUGAAGGUUCGGAGUAUCCGAGAUGGUGGCCGUUCCAGAGACACUUCAGCUGAGUUCUUCCGAAGAAAUCCUGCCUGCCUACAUAGACUGAUCCCCUGGCUAAAAAGAGAACUCGUUGUGCUGUAUGGGGCCCACGGCUCUUUGGUCAACAUAGUUCAGCACAUCAUCAUGUCACGCAUCACACGUUAUGACAUGGAGGAUAGAGCUAUUCAGGAAGAGCUCAGGCCGUUCCUCCAGGGGCGCACAGAGCACUUCCUGCAUGAGUUUAUCACCUUUGCAAAGUCCCCCUUCAAUAUGGAGGCUUAUGAUCAGCAUGCUGUCUACGACUGCCCGGCCCCUUCCUCAAAUGAAGACAGCAGCUCCAAUUCAUCUGUAAUAGCAAUUUCAGAGGAUGAAGAGCACUCUGCAGAUCUGGACCCACCAGGAGACUCCACAUCUACUCUGAGGCACUCCAUGUGGGAUGAUGAGACGCCUGGGCCAUCGUAUUCUACGACUGCAGAGCAAAGCAGGGCAGAGUGUCUGUCAGUCCCUGACUCGGACUCAGACAGCAGUUUAGAGGAGGAGACACAUGAGUCUGGGGUCUCUACACAGCAAACGAGCUCUCAUAACCAAACAGACCCAAUUCAGGGUGAAUUUAACAAUGAAGAGUGUCCGUCUUAUGACAGCGACGACUGUAUCAUUGUUGGUUAUGUAAAACCAACAGCAGAGAGGACGCCUUUGCUGGUCCAGCUCUCCUCUAACUCAGAUGAGUCUGACUGUGAAGAUAUAAAAGCAGUGCCUCUUCUACCUCAACACAUCCGCUUCUCCAGUCUCAGUCCUGUAGCUUCUCAGAGUAGUGAUCCAAGUGGUGCUGGACAGUCAGAAAAUGCAGAAUCAGAACACUUUCACUAUUUGGCUUCAAAAGAAAGAUGUAGCUCUUCAACAUCUAGCAGGCACAAGACAUCCAGCAAGUCAGUCAGAAAAGACACAGAUAGAAGAUUUUGCAGCAAUGAUAGAUCAAGGGAGAGGUAUUGGUCCAAGGACAGAGACCGGAGGAAAAAGAGGAGGUCAAGAAGCACAGAGCGCAGGUACUCUAGCAGGAGCCCGGUGACCUCAAAAUCUGUCAGUAAUUAUAAAAAGAGGGACAGUGAUAAUAGCUAUCAGUCACUUAGACAUUAUAGCGAAGACAGAACUGAUAGUGGCCGUUACGCAGAGAGGCGAUCCUACUAUUACAGUAGCCGCAAAUACUCAGCUCGGCGCUCUCGCUCCAGGAGCCGCAGCAGGGACUCGCGUAGACGAGACAGGAGGCACUCUCGUUCUAUGACUUGUUCUAGCAGUCGCUCCCCUUCUACAAAAAGGAGAUCUCACAAUGACAAGCCCGGUGGGAAGAGAAAAUACAAAACAAGACAUUUGGAGGAAACAUCCAAAAAUGAAUUUUCCCAUUCGGAUGCUGAAGGUGACUCCCCUACAAAACACAAGAAAAAGAGCAAAGAGAAGCAUCGCAAAAAGUCCAAAGACAGGUCGAGAAAGACCAGCAGGAGCCUCAGCGUCGAGCUCGUCAACGAGGAAAACUGUCACGAGCGAAGCAAGCGUCACCAUAAGAAAAAGAAGAAACACAAGAAGAAAAGCAAAAGGCACAAGAGUAAUGAACGCACAGAGAAGCUCUCCCCUGCUGUCAUUACCAUUGAGAGUGACAGUGAUUCUUUUGCCGCGCAGGUCAGCAGCACGAAUAAGGACGACCCCAUCAACAGUACCGCAGAUGACCCUGCUGAUCCCGCCCCUUCGAACUCUCUGGAGUAGUUAUUUGGAUGUUCAGCUUCCUGCUGUGUGUGGUGGGAACUGAUGGAUCCUUCCUCAGCUGCUAAUACCUGCCAGCAGUAUUUUAGAUCCAAACAAUAUUCAGUAUGUUGAUUUUCUCCAGACCGUAAAGGAUAAUAUGAAUACAUGUAUCCCUUUAAAUGCCAGCAAAGUGUUUUCCACUGAGACAGCUCAUGGGACGCUGGCGGACAUGACAGACGCAGAUAUCUGCGAUCAACUGGAAAGCGGUCAUCAUUGGAUAAAUGACCGUGUUUUAGAGACCUAGUUUCUUGACUGUGUUAACAAACACCUAAAAAAGCUCUAUUUUAUGUGCAAAGUGCCACAAUGAACAGAAUAGAAUUAUAUUGGGAGUUGCAUAUCUUUUUAAGUGUCAGUUCUUAUUCAGGAAAUUCAUUUUCUUAAAUGGAUGCAUUUUAUUUCUAAGGUGCUCUCAGGGAUAAAAUAUAACAGUGAUUUUUCUUUUGUCACCUUACAUCUGCUAUGUUCUUGAGGCAAAACAAUGUCACCUACUGCACAUGGAGUAGUACUCAUUAUCUGCCGAUGGUGUUUGGACUUCAGAAUGGGUUCUUUUGUAUUCAAUUUUAUUUAAAAUAAAUUGUAAAGAGCAG